UCUGCAGCUACACCCACUGACCAGUGAUACGUACACUCACUGUGAAUAUGAGAACACGCAAACAGAAAGACCUACGUCAGGAAUUAAGCAAAAACAGUAGCCUGUCAUUUCAUGCGUUUGAUUUGUCAUAUGUUUGAUCUGGAAUAACAGAAAAUGCAAUACAAUACAAUGACCUAAAUUGGUAACACUUAUUUCAUUCAAACUUCAUUUAACUAAUGUCUAAAUCAACAAGCAGCCGGCAGACACUAGCAAAGGGCUUUAGAAGUAGAUAAAAAUUAGAACUUCCAUUUGAACCAGGCUCCUAUUGGACAAAAUCCCUGGACACAAACUGACCUCUACAUUGGGGGAAACCAAACAACCACUGCAUAAACGCAUGUCCACCUGCAUCUAAAAGACAAAGGGACAUUCUUUUGACAUUGAGAAUAUUCACAGUCUGGCCCAGAAAUGAAUGAAGUUAAUGUGGAGAAACUGUCACUCAACAGAGCAGCCACCUACAAUGCUCCUGUCCUGAGCUCUUCUGCUAAAAGACUCAACAGUGACACGCCCACAUCAUUACAAUAAGACUACAACUCUCUGUUUCACCUUUACUCAGGUGAAACCAACAACCCCAAACUUGGUCAGACGGAGUGAACGAUCUCCAUUGUUAAUCUUCCUCAGAGAACCUGGGAUCAGUCUGCACAGAUUAUUUUCAAGUGACUAACACUGACAUUUGCAUUGUUGGACCUGAUUAUGAACUUUGGGAACGCUGAACGGACGUUUAGUGUAACAUAUUUAAGAGCUGAUGAAGACAUGAAAGGAAAAUGUUCACUGAUGUUGUAAAUCAAUUGAAAAGUAGAUUCAUAUACCCAAAGAAUUCCAUCCUGCAACCAGCAGGGUCGCCCCCUGGUGGCCUAUCCAAAGUAAAAGACCGAUUUUUUUGUCUUCUCAAUGAAUUCACCCCCACACUUCAAUUCAAUCGUUGUGAAUUGAUUGUUCAAUCAAUUGUUUUGAUUGAUUAAUGACAUAGUUGUGCAUCAAUCAUUCAAUCUUAAAUCAAACAAACCUAAGACAAUUCCAUAGAACUUGCUACCUUAAGUUUGUCUGAAAUUAAUUUAUUGUCAUUCAUUUUUUCAACCAUGUUUGUUCUCCCUACACACCCAGGGUUAAAAAUACACAUGAAAAGGAAACUACUGCUCUAAUGUGCUGCUGAAUAAUGAUAAUUUGUGGUUAAUCUUCUCCAGAUUACAAUCCUCCUAUAUAUGCACAUCACAUUCUGCAGCUUAUCCUCUAUUUUAACAUGAAUUAUUGCAAUGUUUUUCCAGUUUUCAUGUCCAUUCACUGAUUGUGGUUACAGAAAGUGAUUAUUGUGAAUGCACUACAGAGGAUCCAUUUUCCUGCAGAGAAUAAAAGUUUAAGCAGACAUGCUGGCCCGUGGAGAUUAAAACCUUUUUUCCUCAGCUUGGAAUGAUGAAGGGACAAAACAAAAUUGCACUUUUGCAGACACAACACUGCGGACAGAAGCUUUACUGGCUGAUAUGGGUGAAAAGUGCAACAGAAGAACGACUUGUAUAUUAAUUUCUUCAGCUGACUGAAGUGUGUGCUUGAUAUGAAAUUGCCGUAUAACAACAGCAUUGCAUGGAUUAGUUUUGGUUCAAUUGCAACAUCAUUUGCAGCUUUUAAUGCCAUAGCACGGGGGGGUGGGGGGGGAACAAGCCUGACAUUGUGUGGCUGAGAUCUGUCUCACUCCCGGGAUUAUGAGAUCAGGAAUCUUGUGAAGUAUAGGUGAAACUAUUUUAAGUGAAAUGACUGUGAAGUGAAAACUGUCUGGAUUCAUCAUUUUCUUAAUAUGUUGACACUAGCAUUUUAUGACAAUCAGAGAAUUUAUAUGGCCAUAAAUAGUCACUAUAUGUUUUUAAUGUAAAGACUGAAUUUGAUUCAUCUGUCUUGUUGAUGUGUAAGUAAAAAAAAGCCCAAAUCCCUUUGUCCUUGUUCAACCCCAACAUGAGUUCAGGUUUAGGACUUAUUGUAUGAUCUUUUCUCACUCAAGAUUAUAAAGGGGCUAAAAAAAAAUCCCAUAUGCAGAGAAAUUAGCACAUGUGCAAAAACAUAUGACUUUUUUCCUGCAGGUAACGGUUGAGCACAGAACACAGCGCACGGUUUAUCCCACAGCGUCACUCUGUGCACACUCACGAUGACAUUGCAUCUUUGUCGAUAUAAAGUCCUUUCUUUCAGAUUCAUGUCGUAGAGGAGGUCAGCUUUAUUGGCUUCAGUAAAUGAGAUUAAGGACUUGUAGUGUGACGUGGAAUGUAUAUAUGUUUUUCAACACAAAGGGAACACGAUUGCUCAACGGGGCCUCAGUACUGACCUGCUUCGUCCUCAAACCAUACGUGAUAAAAAGAGGGUGGAGCACAAAACUUGUGCUUUUCUAAAAUUCUUGUUCUAGUAAAACCUCUGUGGUUAAAUGUGGCUCGGAUGUAAAGUGGGUUCUGGCUGCUUAGUGGUUCAAACAUAUUAGAGGCCUGUGUUUCGACACCUCAUCAAAACACACUCGGUAAUGCCAACCAGCAGUCGUGACUCGGACUGAACUUGCAGCGUGUUUGGGGCAGCUGCCAAAUAACAUGUGCAGUAUUUACCUACAUUACAAAACCAAAGCUUUACAAUCUAAAUGUUUUUAUCCCCGUAGUAGUGUGGGACUGUGUCCAAGUUGGUCAGUGAGUCUAAACAACAAUGCAAGGCUUUGUCAUUGAAACUGACGAAACACACUUUCCUUAUAUUCUUUUCCUUUGACAACCUGUUUGAGAAAUAAUGUUGUUUCUUCUUGUAUACGGCGGACACAAAUGUGUAUUUUAGCAUCAAAAUAGAAGGAUUUUAAAACUUGUUAACACAUGUAAACUCAAAUUAGAUGAUGCAUGUUCUAUCAACACAGAAGGUUCACUUGUUUAAUUUAUGGCGGUUUUAAUCUGCUGUGUCGAGCAAGCGUUCACAGAUUACUUUAACUAGCAGUUUCAUGUCAAGGCAAAUUCACUUCAGUUGUUCUAUGUUUUAUGAUCGUCAUAUUUUAUUGUAUAUUCAUAGAAAAAAUAACUGUCUUUUUUAUUUUAUCUUAUCUCACAAGGUUACCAUUCUUUUUAAGUACUCCUUUUAUUGCACAGUUACCUCCUCAUUACACCGAAUCAACAACUCAUUUAUUUAUUUUUUAAAAAUAUGACAUUUAUUUGAACAUUGAGCACUUUGUUUUCUCUGUUUCUCAGUCCUGUAUGGAUUACCUGUCAGCACAAAACCAUACCAUUCAGCAUCAUUACAAAUGCAUUAUCACACCCCAACGUCACUGUUUCAUGAGGUGAAUGAUUCCUAAUUAGUAGGAAUAAAACAAUGGAUAACUGUAAGUUUAACUUUUAAAAACUUAAUUACGUGUGUUUAAUGUUCAAAAAUGAUCAGGAUCAGUAGUCAUAAAGAUAAUUAAAAAAGGAAAAUAAAUUCAAUUAACUUUUUCAUUGUGUGAAAAUUGCUGCAUGAUUUAAAGUAUCAAAACAAGAGCCAACAUUUGAACAUCAUGAUGGAGCCACAGGUUAUGACGCAGGGGCCCCCGUGUGGCAAAACUCAGAUUAACAGUCAUGACAGAUUUACAGUCAACAAACAUUUGAGGGAAAGAAAAAAAAUGGAAAGAUCAUAGUGGAUUAUGACCAUUUCCAAAGUGUUUUUGUUUUUUUUCUCUCUGUCAUAAUAAAUAGGGACGUUUCUGUGCAGCCUAUCGGAUGCCGAGAUGCAUCCAAAUGAAAAGAACGCCUGUCCUUUCACUAAUCCUUGCAUAUCCCUUUUAUCUCGGGACUCACAGCAGUCUGAUCACUAUGGGACAGCGAAGCGGUGGGACAGAGCCAUACGGAUGAUGUUCUUGUAAAUGAGAGACGAAAAGCAAGUCUGCGGGCGCAAACUGGGCGCAUGUAGGCGCGUAUGCGUCAAAGUGGGCCAAAGAUGUUCCUCGUUCUGCUCCUGGGUCUCUGCGCGGCCACAGGUGAACUUGUCUCCCCAGUGAGCUCCUGUCCGUCGCAGUGCAGCUGUUUCUACCACAACCUGAGUGACGGAUCCAAGGCCAGGAGCGUGAUCUGCAAUGAUCCAGAGAUUUCUCUCGUGCCUGUCGGGUUCCCUGUUGACACGUCCAAGCUGCGGAUUGAGAAGACAGCCAUCAGGCGGAUACCAAGCGAAGCCUUCAACUACCUCUCCAGUCUGGAGUUCCUGUGGAUGUCUUUCAACACCCUGUCCGCCUUGAACCCGGACAGUUUCCGGGGACUGUUCAGCCUGGAGGAGCUUCGUCUGGACGGGAACGUCCUCGCCGCCUUUCCCUGGGAGUCUAUCGUGGACAUGCCCAGCCUCAGACUCCUCGAUUUGCACAACAACCAGCUCACCUCUCUGCCCGCCGAGGCCACCACUCACAUCAAGAACCUGACCUACCUGGAUCUGUCCAGCAACAACCUGCUGACCCUGCCUGCUGAGGUGCUGUCCACCUGGCUGGUGGUGAAACCGCCGCAGGGACCAGAGAGCUCCAAAAUGAUUCUGGGUCUCCAUGACAACCCCUGGGUGUGUGACUGUCGGCUCUACGACCUGGUCCAGUUCCAGAAGUCUCCAACUCUCUCGGUGGCGUUCAUCGACACAAGGCUCCGGUGUUCGGCUCCAGAGAGUGUAUCGGGGGUUUUGUUCAGCGAUGCAGAGCUGCGGCGCUGUCAGCUUCCACGCAUCCACACUGCUGUGGCACGGGUCCGGAGCGCCGUAGGAAACAACGUGCUACUCCGCUGUGGGACCAUUGGAGUCCCAAUACCAGACCUAACAUGGCGCAGGGCGGACGGGCGAGCCCUCAAUGGAACAGUCCAGCAGGAAACCUCAAAGGAGGGAAUCACCUGGUCCAUUCUCAGUGUUCCGGCUGUGUCCUACCGUGAUUCAGGGAAAUACAUCUGCAAGGCCACUAACUAUGUGGGGAAUGCAGAGGCCGUCAUUUCUCUCAUCAUCUCUAACUCACCAAAGCCAGACGGCAACCAAACCAGUAGUGACAAGAAAGCCAGAGUCAAGAAACCCAACCAAAUGGGUAAAGCUGCCUACCAGGAGAAACUGGUUGCCAGAUACUUGGUUCCAACCUCCACCCCUCCUUCCCUGCCUGUUCUAGAUCCUGGCUUUCCACCUGAGCCUGAACGAGCCACUUACAGCUUGGCUGACAGAGGCACACUGGGCCCAGACGCGUCCUCCAACCCAGAGUCACUGCUGGAUCUGGAGAAGACAAAUCUGAGCAACUUGGCAGCUAACACCUCAUCACUGCAGCAGGACCCGGACAGGGUCGUCCGCUCAGUGAAGGUCGUCGGGGACACGGACAAUACUAUCUCUCUAAACUGGAGAGCCCCAAAAGCAAAGAACACCACUGCAUUCAGUGUGCUGUAUGCUGUCUUUGGAGAGAGGGACAUGAGAAAGAUCAAUGUUGGCGCUGGACAGAACCGUGUGACCAUCGAAGGGCUGGUGCCCAGGACCAAGUACAUUGCUUGUGUGUGUGUGAAGGGGCUGAUCCCCAAGAAGGAGCAGUGUGUAAUAUUUUCCACUGAUGAAGCAGCGAGUGCUACUGGCACCCAGAGGCUGAUUAACGUGAUUGUGAUCACAGUGGCCUGUAUCAUCGCCGUCCCUCUUACUGUCAUCGUAUGCUGUGGUGCUCUAAAGAGACGCAUUCAGAAGUACUGUGGAAAGAAAUCCAAGGACAUCCAAGAUUCAUAUGUGACCUUUGAAACGCUGUCACCUGGUACGAAGGCUAAGGGGCUCGAGGGCGAGUAUUUGAACAGACUGAACCCAGAGGAGUCCAACAGGCUGCUCUCGGCCCGCUCCAGCCUGGACUCUGAAGCUACGGCUAAGAUAGAGGGACAACCUAAUGAGUACUUCUGCUGACGUCAUGCUCCAGCUCCAGCUACUGCUCCGCGCCAUCUUCCUCGCAAUCACCCACAUCCUCGGUCAAGUCCACACACCAACACCCACUCGCAUAGCCGCCAUCAAUCCCACCCUCAGCCACAUUUCCACCCGCAGCCAUUUCCCCAACACUACCCACACUCUCACCCUCAGCGACAUCCUGACGUCAGUCCCCCUCCCACCCACUCUCAUACGCCCACACCGUGGGAUUCUCCCCCACCCGUUCCUCCUCGCUGGAUUACACCACCAACUCCACCGCCGCAGAGAGCCAACUUCUAUCAAAGGACGUUUGCACGAUGCACAAUCAUGGAAAUACCAGUUUAGAGAAUAUUUAAAAAGGGUAGCGCGUAGCUUUCAAACAUAGACAGACGUCCGUCAUGUACAAACCAUUGUUAAAUAAGUUCACACCAUGCUGA